UAGAUGAAGCAAUGGAUUUGAGGUGUUGGGACAUGGAGGAUGAGAAAGCAAUGCAGUUUUAUUUUGAGGUUAAUUGUGAGGAGUUGCAGGAUUGUGAUUUCCUGCAGCUGGAGCAAGAUGGAGAACCUGCUUCUGGGCAGCUCCUAAUGGUGCCAGAGGCUGAAAUAAUGAGUGAAGUCCUGGAUCAGACUCUGGGCCCAUUGCCCAUUUUGGUUCCUGUGAGGAAAUUCAAGAGACAGCCUGGUGGCCAUUAUGAUCCCAGCACUGAUGUGCAGGACUUGUUUGGCAAGAGGCGAGCAGCCAAUGCAAGAGAGCGACACCGGGUCCAGAGCAUAAACGGUGGCUUUUCAAAGCUUAAGAGCAUAGUUCCCUUGAUUCCUAAAGAUCGGAAACCAAGCAAAGUUCAUGUGCUGCGGGCUGCGUCAGAAUAUAUUCGUCUCCUGCGUAAUGUUUUGGAGGAAUCGGGAAGCACUGAGGGCAAUGUUGAAAAGGACCAGAAUACCGAACCGCCUGACUUUGGGGAGCCACCAUUGUUGGUAAGCAAUCCACCUGCAGGAGGCACUCUCGCUCACCAAAGGCCCCACCUUCAAAUGGAUGAUGCUAUUGGAAGACACCUUGAAAUCACAGCUGAUGAAGAGGAAUGCAACAUUUGGGAUAGUCCUACAAUGCCCUACGUUGGCAUUGUCCAGCUACAGAAUGGAAACUUGAUGCUUUGAUCACAGGGCGUGAUACUGAACGAAGUGUCUGCAAUUCACAUAACAGAUAUUAAAUUGCUUCCUCC